AUGGGUGCUAUGUCUUCCAAAAGUGGUGGUGAUGUGGAGGAUGUUGCCAGAGAAGAGGAAGAUGUUGCUAUAAAAGUUAGAGAGAGGUGUAGAGCUGUCUCCUGGUGUCUGCUCAGAGGAGAGAAGGAUCAGGCCUUUGAGGACAGCUCAGCUCUUCCUGAGAUGAACCACUUGUCCUGGGAUCUCUUGGCAGAGAUGAUCAAGCUGGCCCUAGGACCUUUGCUGCUCUUAUAUCUAGUCAAAUGUUGUGUACAGAGUAGAGUUUAUACCAGUCCUCAAUCCAUGUCAUGGUAUCCACACUGGUGUCAGAUCCACCAGCUAAGUCAUUCUACACUGUCCAUGAAUCUUUGUGGAUCUUCACUUGGGGCUACUUUCUCCACACAAAGUGAAAGGGAAAAAGUUUCAUUGGUGAUAAUGCUACAGUGUAUGCUGAUAUGGGUAUCUGUCAUCAACAUCUUCUUAACAGUAGAAAAGAAACUAGUCUCCUCAGUUGCCACACUUGAAAUUUGGAAGUCAGCAUGGUUUCCAAGAUUUUAUUCAGGAAGAAGAACUAUAGUCACCUCCCCUCCCCAAUAUAUGUUUUUGCCAAUCGAGAGUUUCCUCUCUUUAAGAAUUUUUCUAAAUAUGUGA